AGGUUUUGGCAGAAAACUUAGCGGCUAUAAAUUCUCCAGUUAGUGAUAAGGAUUUAAUUGAAUAUGCCAUUCUUGGACUUGGGCGUGGCUAUGAGUCACUUAUCACGGCUAUCAAUUAUUUUCCUGGCAAUGCUACACUGGACAAUUUACGACCUAUCCUUGAAGCACAGGAGAAGACGAAUGCCCUAUUUGAUGCCCAGGAUUCGGUCCCAGUGCAUCAGGCCUUUGCAGCGGCCAAUGCUAAUGCUCCAGCAGUGCAAGGUGGCCGUGGGGGUGCUCCUCGGCCAGGGGGUGCUCCGCGUGGUCCCGGGGGACGUGGUCAACGCGGUGGUCGGACUCGUGGCGGACGAGGCCGAGGUGGCCGCGGGAACUAUCAGCAGCAGCAACCAUACGGUGCACCUCAACCGUAUGGUGGUCAGUACGGACAACAACAGCCCACUCCUCCACAGCCACGUGGACCUGCAUUUUCUGUUUUCCCAGGUUUUCCGUCUGUGGAUCAGUCCUAUCAGUCUCCUCCACCCCCAGUUGUUUGCCAGUUAUGUUUUUCCCCAGGUCACUCCGCCAUGCAUUGCUCCCGUUUUACUGGUUCCGCGUCUCCUGCUCUAGCUGCUUUACCCACUGGUGAGACCAAUGAUUCAGUUUGGUACCCUGACUCUGGAGCUUCAUCUCAUAUGACUCCUCAUGAAGGACACGCAAACGGGGGAGCUUCUACUUCAGGCAACUAAUAAAGAUCACAUUUAUCCUUUUCAUGCUCUUCAUGCCCGAGUUGUUCCUGGUCCAAUCUGGCACAAGCGUCUGGGGCAUUGUGGUGAUAGAGUCCUUGGUCGUCUUAAGCAGCAAAAUUUCAUUUCUAGUUCUUCUACUUUUUUACAUGACUGUGUUUCUUGUAAGUUGGGUAAAUCCCACAGACUUCCUUUUAGUGAUGUUAUUCAUAACUCCACUGCACCAUUACAGAUUAUUCAUUCUGAUGUUUGGCAAUCGCCGG